AUGACCCUGAGUGAUGAUGAACAAGAACCAUCGGAUGACGAUGUCGGGCCGGAAGAGUUGAAGAAGGCCACCUCCGUGUUGGACGACCUGCCGAUGUCAGUGGCAGCCAAAAUCAGGAAGAAGGGAGAGCUGGAGGAGCGUCGUUCGACUAAGCGAAGAAUGUCCCUGACAGAACUGGAGGAGUCUUCGAUUCGGGCGACGGUGGCAUCAUCAUCAGCGGUGGAUCCUGCAAUGCAGACAGUCAGACAGAAGCGGGACUUCUAUGAGACUGCAUUCCGCACUACGCAGGAGCACCUCAAAAAGAUGAAGACCAAGUUGGAAAAGAAGAGUGCCCUGAUGAUGGAGCCGGUGGUCCCAGCUGCAGUUGCGGACAGAUCCGAGGCAUGUGAGAAUGGAGAAUCAGAAGAGGCUACGGGCAGUGAACCCGUCUACAGCCCAUACACAUCGGAGGACUCCAACCAGACGAUGGCAUCGGUCAGCUCGCCCUUCAUUGAGGUGGACAUGUCUGAAGAGCCCUGGCAGGGUGAAGGUGAGGUGGCCGACUGCUCCGCCAAGAUGCCUGAACACGAAGUCCAUGUGACUGACAUGGCAUCAGAAUGUCAGCCUUUGGACUACGACCAUGAUGUCCACCCGGCUGGCUGGCGGGCGGACGGCUUUCGCAGAAUUGGGAUCCUGAGAAAUCCAUCUCCCUGUACCAGAGCGAAAGUACCAGCCGAUCGAUGGAGGCUGCUGGGAGAUGUCCCUAGCCGAUUGCGUCGUCCACUCACACAGGCCGAGGUCUUGGAAGCUUAUCGAAAGGGCCAGUUGAACACCGGACAAACACGCCCGGCAGUAGCACGACCUGGCCUACAUGAGGAUGAUGAUCGUGAAGGGAUAGCCUCAAAUCCAUGGGGAGAACGAGACUACUGGCUGCACUCUCCAUAUCAACGUGAGGUGGCGGGUGCACUUGACUCCCAGGCGGAGGAUGUUUGUGCCUGGGGUGGUCUACGAGCGACGCAAGUGGGCUAUCAGACCCCUCUGGGCACCAAGGAGUAUGUCCUGGACAACAUCCAUUGGAGGAGCUGGAAUACCUCCCUGGAUAUGAACCGGUCGUGGAGGGGGAUCACCAGCUUUGUGACGCUGGAUCCGGCCACCGACUACCCGGUACUGGCGACCUGGAUGCAGGGGAGACAAGCGGUUGAAGAACUAUGGAGGACAGCAGCCCGGGCUAACCAGGCCUACAAGUCGGUGAUUAAGGAGGUGAAUGUCACAGAGUUAGGCCAGGGCAUGCCUUUGGAGAGCGAGCAACACGCCCAGAUGAUGAUGAAUGUGUUGGGCUAUUUUGAGGCUUUCGCGACUACUACGGCCUUGCCUCCGCCUGCCCCUCCGAGCUCGCAGGGAGGUUUGCUCGAGUUGGUGGAGCUGGACAGCAACGCUCUGCAGGACGUUGACAAGCCGGAGACUGGCAAGGUGCGACUUGAGCUGCAGUGGAACCAGUUGUCGCCAGCCUGGCAGGCAGCCUUUGAACAGCCGAUCAUUGCUGCCCUGGAGAUCUAUUUUGAGCACGAUGCUCUGGAGCCCGUCAUGCCGGAGGACCCAGUUCAUGAGUCAGAGAUUCUGCCGAGCAAGUUCGUGCUUGUCAACAAGAGCGACCCAAAGAAUGCUCACCCGGCGGACGCCGAUCUGGAAGAGGCCAAGCUCAAGGCUCGCCUGGUCAUUGCUGGUCAUAGGGAUCAGCGUGCUGGUGACUAUGCCACUGAAGCUCCCACUGCCACUCUCCUGGCACACAAUUUUAUUUGCUUUGUGGCCGCCCAGUACCAGUCGAAAUUGUACUUUGCUGACAUUUCCGCAGCAUUCCUCCAGGGCGAUUAUCUUCCAGAGGGGCGGCGAGUGUUUUUGAAAUCGCCCACCAACUACCCGCUCUUUGUCCGCAAGUACCUGAUGUCCAAGGUACCUCCUGGCGCCCGGACGGACCUCUUCCGGAUGAAGAAGGCGGGCUUUGGUCUUGCAGAGUCGCCGCGCCUAUGGUAUCAGCGCUUCAAGCGGGACAUCAUCAUUGCCAUUGGAGGUUCAUCUGCAGCCCAGUGGCCCAAGUUGAAGGGCUUGUUCACGUUUGGUGAUUGGGCGCACCCCGACGAGGAGUUCACCAAGUUUUGUGGUCGAUGGGAGCGACAGCUGCCUGAUGGGACGGUAGAACUGCAGAUGAACGAGUACGCCAAGAAGGUGAAGGAACCUCCCUCGAGAUCAGCUUUUCGGGCGAUGGCUCCGCUGAUGCCGAAUGAGAAGUCAUGGAUUGGUGCCAUCAUCGGACAGUUGAACUGGCUGGCACGUCAGACCCGAGCUGAUCUGCUGUACGGCUGUUCGAGGAUCCAACAGCUUGCGGGCACCAAUGACCCGGCGGCUUUGCAGGAGCUGAAGGUGCUGGUGGAGCGAGCCAAGGAGCCUCACACCCAAGUGUUCAAGAAGCUUGGCUGUGGUAUGGACAAGAUGAUCGUCCUUGGUGUCUCCGACGCCUCGUUUGCCGGCAUGCCCCGAGGCCGAUCGCAAGGAGGAUCAGUGCUGAUGUUGGCAAAUCCUCUGGUGCUGGAAGGAGAAGCACCGGUUUGCGUGACCGCCUGCCAUUCAGGAGUCCUCAAGAGGGUGGUCCGAUCUUCGCUUGCGGCCGAGAUCUCCCAGGCCGCGACGACCAUGGAGGAGGCGGACUACAUGAGGGCUUUCAUGGCGGAGGCCUUGGAUGGAGCGUUUACGCUCCGCGGCUGGCUUGCGGCUGUAGCCAAAUGGCGGCAGAUGUCAGUGCUGGACUCGCGCACUGGCUAUGACCUCCUCAAUGGGUCAGCAUUGGGAGAGGACAAGCGCCUUGCCAUUGACGUGGCGGCGAUGCGCCAAGCACUCCAAGAAGAUGGAGCCUCACGGUUGGUCAGAUGGGUGCCCGGUGAAGAGAUCAUUGCGGAUGACCUCACCAAGCUUGCUGGAAAUGGCCGACUGAUGAGAGUGAUGUCCUUAGGCAGUUGGGCCCUGAAGGACACGGAGUCCGCGAAGAAACUUCGCGCUGAUGCUGCCGCUCGUAAGCGAGCUUUUAGGCAGCGGAAAGCAUCAGCUCCAAAGGGGGCUGGUGUGGUUUGA